AUGCCCAGCGCGGUCGACACCGACUCAUGGAAGCAGCAGCUGAAGGGGGCGCGCGCUGACGUGGAGGCCCUCAUCCGCGCGACACACGCCAACCCCAUCCUCAUCAGGCUGGCGUGGCACGACAGCGGGACCUUUGACGAGAACAUCAAGCAGGCCUGGCCCAAGCCUGGCGGCGCGACCGCCUCCAUCCGCUUCAACCCGGAGAUCGGCCACGGCGCCAACGCCGGCCUGCAGGCGGCCCUGGACCUGGUGGAGCCCGUCAAGCAGAAGUACCCCCUGGUGUCGUACGCUGACCUGUACCAGAUGGCCAGCGCCAUCGGCGUCGAGAUUGCGGGCGGCCCCGCCAUCCCGCUGCGCUACGGCCGCGUGGACGUGGAGAGCCCGGAGGACUGCGCGCCCGAGGGCCGCCUGCCGUCGGCGGGGCACCCCUUCAGCGACGGCAGCAAGACGCCCGCCGACCACCUGCGCAAGAUCUUCUACCGCAUGGGCCUGAACGACAAGGACAUUGUGGCCCUGUCCGGCGCCCACACCCUCGGCCGCUCGCGCCCCGAGCGCUCCGGCUGGGGCAAGGAGGAGACGAAGUACACCACGGCGCCCAACAACCCACCGGGCAGCGCCCCCGGCGGCCAGUCCUGGACCGCCAACUGGCUCACCUUUGACAACUCCUACUUUGUCGAGGUGAAGGCCAAGCGUGACGCAGACCUGCUGAUCCUGCCGACCGACGCGGCCGUGUUUGAGGACGAGGGCUUCAGGCAGUACGCUGAGAAGUACGCUGAGGACCAGGAUGCAUUCUUCAAGGAUUACGUCGAGUCGCACCUUAAGCUGUCUGAGCUGGGCUCAAAGUUCACCGAGGGCACCAAGGUCACACUCGAGUGA